AUGGCCGAAAAUGCCUCAAAAGAACCACGCAACACAGCUAAGAGUCCGUACUACUGGGAUAUGAUGCGGUUACUCGACAAUGCCCGCAAAGAAGGCGAAUUGACAGAUGUUACUCUAACUUGUCUUCAGACUCAUGAAGAUGCAAUCAUCACAUGCGGUGGCCUGUCGCCAGAUGAACGCAUUCGCAACUUGACUGUGUGUUAUGUUCCGGCUACGAAAACCUGGUACGAGUUGGCACCCAUGCUUAACAGACGGUUUCGCCAUGGUUUGGCUUCCUGCUGGGGAUAUGUUUAUGCCAUCGGCGGUAAAGGAGAAGACUCGGUCUACAACAGCGUAGAACGAUAUGACCCGCGCACAAACUCAUGGGGCUUUGUAGCACCACUGCCUCAGAGAGUGACAUUAAUGGGUGCGGCUACCUUACAAGGGCUGCUGUACGUCACUGGCGGGAUUGCGUUCAGCAGCGAGCACGGUGGUAGGCGUUGUGACACUGCGCAGAGGUACAACCCCUCGACAAACUCUUGGACUGUAGUUGCACCUCUAAAGAGACGCAAGUCCUCUGUUUGUCUCGUGUCAGACACUCACUAUUUGUACUGCAUUGGUGGCUUGGCCGACGAUGGUUUCCUCUCUGAUGUGGAUCGUUAUGAUCCAAAGUUGAACGUAUGGACAUAG